CUAAGCGUCACGGCUGAAAUCACAGUGUUAAGACCAAGAAGUAGGUCACGUUCAUGUUUAUGAUAUCUGAGGACAGGACGGACAGGUAUCUUGGACCAUGGUUAUUCUAAAUCACGUGAUAAGAAUGGUCGUAUCAGCCCUAUCCCUAUAUCAGAGUAAUGCUUUGUGGCGUGAUCUAACACUAAGCGACGAAGGGAGCUCAGAAUGUCCAGGGGUGUAUAACCAGAUAGAGUUCUCGUCCAAUUGCACUGUAUCAUGUCCGCGGGCUGCACCACUACAGUUCCAACAGCUAUGCCUUGCGUUUUGCCCAUAUGGGUACCAAUACAAUUCUCCCGAUACGUGUAGUAAUGCAACAGGACUUAUUGAUGAUAAGUCAUCGAACCACUGUCAGGUGGUUACAUGCCCUAGUGAUAAGCCGUUAUGUUACGACACACAGUGUUUGUCCGUUUGUCCGAAUGGAACUCUCCCUGAUGAAGGCAAUUGCAUGCAUGAUUGUUCAGACACAUCUCCGCUUGUCCUGAAUGACUCUUGUGUGUCGAGCUGUCCCGCGGACAGCCCAUAUAACGAAUAUGGACAUUGUGUGUCAGCUUGUUCUACCAGAUAUUUCCUCCACGGCCAGACCUGUUUCAGAACAUGUCCCCAACACACGCACCAGUAUCUUUCUACGUGCGUCGAUGUCUGUCCACCUGAAGCCCCGAAAUCUCUCGGAGUUUGGAAUAUUAGUCUCUGCGUCACUUCCUGUCCCGAGUUUACAUCCACCAAUGGCAGCAAGUGUGAAAUUCAAUGUCCUAAUGGACAGGACUAUCUAUGGAACGGCUCGUGUGUCAGGGAAUGCCCUGUGAUAGCUCCGUAUGUAUAUGUAUUAACUCGCCGCCUCCCACCGUACGUGAUACCAAUAUGUACACCUGUGUGUCCUGAUCACUAUUAUAUCGAAGCAAAUCACUGUGUACCAACAUGUUCACCCGCCAGGUAUCUAAUGAACUCCACUUGUGAAGCUAGCUGUCCGGAAACUCAUCCAUAUUUUACUGGAAAAUCUCCACCUUUUACAUGCGUUCAGAGCUGUAACCGUAAGCAAAUUCUAAAUAUAGACCAUUGUGUUAAAUCAUGUCCUAUUGGUCGUCUUAUAUUCAAUAGGACAUGCGUAGACGAUUGCCCGGUGACACAUAUCUACAAAGUUAAUCAGACGUGUUUGUCUCGUUGUCCAUCGCCAAUGGUGGUAUACAACGGAAGUUGUCAAAGCUCGUGUCCUAGCAUUGCCAGGUAUUCAUACAAUGGACAAUGUAUUAGCGUGUGCCCGAAUUCGCAUCCAUCUUUCCGUCGAACUCAGUCUGGUAACGUUGUAUGUCAAACAACUGCGAUUUGCCCAGAAGGAGAAUUCACGUGGAAUAAUCAAUGUUUUUAUCAAUGUCCCGAUAACACUGUUUUCAUCAAUUCGACAUGUCUGCGAAAAUGCCCUUUGUCUCAUAAGCUUAAAUACCGAAGUGACAAGCAUCGAUCAGUCCUGGCAAUGGAAUGUGUUGCAGAAUGUGCUGAAAAUACAUUUAUGAAAGAGGAUUUCUGUUUUGAUCAUUGCGAUCCGCCAUUGGUAGGGUUCCCGGAUAAUAACACGUGUUUAGAGCGCUGCCCAGACUCUCAUAAAUGGCGUUCUGUUACUACAACAAAUUCCAAGCAAUUGGCUUUUACUUGUGUUGCUAACUGUUCUGCACCGCGUUUAGUCGAUAAUGAUAAGUGUCAUUUCACAUGUCCAGACUCUAAACCGUUCGCUGUGAAUCAAACUUGUUUAAAGAGUUGUCCAAACGAUUCAAGUUUAAGGACACCGUUUGGGAACGGUAUGACCUGUUCAAAAACAUGCCCUGAAACCUACAUACAGGAAAAUGAUACUUGUGUAUUAAAAUGUUCACAUGGUAAAGUUAUAAUAAACAAAGUAUGUGUGGAUGUUACAAAUUGUGCUAAUGAAUACCAAUUUAUCGAGUAUUCACCCCAUGGUACUAUAUGCCGGAAGCGUUGCCUAGACAACCAGUUCGUUGAUAACAUCCAGUGUGUGACGUCAUGUCCGUCAUUUUCUGUUGGGCAAUUAUGCGUUGAGACGUGUCCAAGCGAUCAAAAGUUUACACGAGGAGAGCACAAUUCAUCAGACGGUCAUGCUGAUAGAAAAUGUUACGAAGAAUGCCCCAGCAAGACAUACGCGAAUGGGACCAAGUGCAUGGCCAUUGAUUGUCCAAUGAAAUAUCUUGCUGAUUCUCGAACAUGUGUGUCUUCAUGUACUAUCUCCCAUCCGUACUUAGAGGAACUCUUCAAGUGCGUGAAUAAGUGUUCAGACGGUUACAUAAUAAUGGGAAGAACUUGUAUAAGAGAGAGUUUUUGUCUCAAGGAUAAAGGUUUCUUUGUCUAUGAUAAACAAUGUGUGAACUCGUGCCCCACUGGUACCUUCGUGAAUUAUAUCCGUGACGGCUGUAUUUUAUCUAGUAUAGUGUACCUUUUGAUAGUAACUGGAGUGAUCUGUACUGUGUUGUUAACUUCUGGUGCGGUUUGGUUCUACUACAGCAAGAAAAGAAAGAAUUGCAAGACAUGUUUCUCCAUGAUGCAG